UUUUGUAACAAAUGCAUAACAUAGUAAGUAGACAUUUCGACAAGUGAAGAAGUUAGCGGACUAAAAUGGCUUAUUAUUCUUGUUUAUUUAUUUUGUCAAUUUUUGUAGGCUUAGCCCUCUCAGAAGAUAUUAAAGAUCUGAACUUCAGUGAGUUACUGCAGUUAGCUCAAGAUGCGUCUCGUCCGGGAUUAGAAUGUGUUAAAGAUGACGAAGUGACGUACCUCCUUCUCACCCGAUCUUUGAGAGAAGGCAAAAUAGUAACAAAUGAAACUAAUAUUGAUUUAGAUAAACCUACUAAGAUCAUCAUACACGGGUGGAUAGCCAAUAUGAGACGAUCUUGGUACAAAGUUAUAACUGAGGAGUUUCUUAAAAAUGGUGACUACAACGUUGUUCAAGUAGACUGGGAAAAGCCAGCUAGGUCUGCGUAUGUCUCCUCCGCCGCCAAUGCCAAAUUUAUUGGUAUGAACAUCGCCAAAUUCGUUACCAAUGCUAAAAUUCCACCACAAAACAUUCAUAUGGUGGGUCAUUCUUUAGGGGCCCAUAUUGCUGGAUUUGCUGCGAAGCAAAUAUACCAGACAACUAAUUCUAAAGUUUCACGAAUUUCUGGCUUAGAUCCUGCUGGUCCCUACUUUCAGGAACAUAUUCUAGAUAAACAGGAAAGAUUGCAUAAGAAAGACGCCGAUGUUGUCGAUGUCAUGCACACCGAUGGAGGGGUUUAUGGCAUAGCUUUUCCAUUAGGAACAGUAGACAUAUACGUCAACAAUGGCAGAGCGCCGCAGCCAGGCUGCUCAAUCGAUUUUAACGUUAACUCUUUUGGAGGACUUGUAGAAAAAUUUUUCUGCAGUCACGCCAGCAGCAUUGAAUAUUUCGCUGAAUGGAUAAAUGAUGGAAAAUUUCAUUGUAAACUAUGCAGUUCCUGGACAUAUUUUGUGAUAAACCUAUGCCCUAAGACACUUGACUUGAGAGAAGAAGAAGUUGACAGGAACGUCACUGGGAUUUGUGCCACAAGAACAAAUCCAGUAAAACCAUUUCUGGAACACGGAAGCACUUCUGAAAAAUAAUAGAAAUUUGCUUUAGUAGAAAUGUUAGAGAAUAAUUAUACACUGAAAGAAAUGCGUUUUAUUCUUUAUUAGAAUUUUAUAUACCAUUAUAAGACCAUUGUAUACUAUAUG